AUGCCUGGUAGAGGGAGGGAGAAGGGGAGGAUGAAGAUCCAGCGGAUGUUAGAUGACAAGAAGCGCCAUACAGCCCUAAAGAGGCGCCUCCCAGUUCUGACGAAGAAGGCUGGCGAGCUCGCCGGCUUGUGCGACGUCCCAGUCUGCCUCAUAGUGUACCCUCCUAACGAGGCCAAGCCCGUGGUCUGGCCUUCAAGGAGGGCGGCCGCUGAUGUCGUGCGGCGGUACAGAGGCCUGCCGCACUUGGACAGGUCCAGGAACAAACUGGACAGCUUGGACUUUGUCAAGGACAUUAAUGACAAGCUAAAACUUAAGUUAUGCAAAGUCCAGCUGCAGAGGCGCGAAGCGGAGAUCAAGAUUGUCAUCGCCGACUUUGUCGCCGGCCGCCGCGACAGGUUUGACGACCUGCCUAUUGACUUUUUUGUCUCUAUCGGAAUGAAAGUACAGGAAAAACUCCAGGCCAUCACCGCGCGCCUCCAAGAGAUCCGUUCGGCGUCGGUGCUGCCCGAGGACGUGCAAACGAGUGAACCUUUGGCCGUGAUGCAGCCACUGUCACCUCUUCCGAUGGUGGCAACUCUUGUUCCUCGGCAUGAUGUCACGAUGACCCCACUGAUGCUGGAACCUCCACCAGAGCAGCAUGAUGGUCGUACUCUCAUGACGUUGGACGGUGAGCCACGCCAUGGUAGCUAUCUCUUCCAGGUGCCCGACGCCUUCAACGACCCUGGCGAUGGCAGCGCCCUCCCCAACACUGAAGAAAUGCAUGCCAUCUUCCAGCAGGCUGGAAUAUUCUCCCCACCGCUGCAAAACCCGAGCUUCGAUCCUUAA